UCAAGUUUGGAAUAAUAACAAUUAACUACACAUUCUCUUCACUUCCCUUCCAGAGCUAACACGCCUUUCGUCGUAUCAAUUGUUAUUUCCUUCGAGUGGCAAGUAAUAUGACGAUGCAAAUAUCAGAAAAAAUACCACCAUAUUAUGCAGUCGAAAUACAAAAAUUUUCAGCACCGAAAGAUUAUCAAGUGACCAAAUACGAAUCUGAGGUUUUUGAAGCACAAGAAUACAAAUGGAAAUUGGUUGUGCACCUGAAGGGAAGCAAAAGCAAGGAUCACAUCUCUCUCUACUUGGCAUUGGCAGACACUCUCGAGCCUCAUAUUCUGGUCUAUGCAGUUUUCCGCUUGUACUUGCUCGAUCGCAAAAAUCACAACCACUUAAUACGCCAACUCCCAGAUAGUGAAGGUAAGAAAAUAUGCUUUCACAAAAGAAAGCUGGAAUGGGGAUUUGAUAAAUUCAUUAAUGUUGCUGCAUUUCGUGAUCCGAGCAAUGGGUACCUUGUUGGCGAUGCUUGUGUUGUUGGAGUAGAGGUGAUCUCUGCCGACAAGGCUACAAUUACUGGCAAAGAAGAGUCUUUGUCAAUAAACAAACAAGGACAUGUUGCUAAACAUCUUUGGAAGAUUGAAAAAUUUUCUAAGUUGAGUGAAACAAGAACCUCAGAAAUAUUUACUGACGGAAUUCAAGAAUGGAAAAUAGAGCUGCAUCCUGAGGGAACAGACCUUGGAAAGAUGGAAUAUCUUUCUUUGUAUGUGUGCUUGGGAGAUGACAAUGCCAUUGAUCCUUCCUCUAAAAUAUACACUCAUGUGACACUGCGUGUCCUGGAUCAACUCAAGGACAAGCACAUUAUUGCUGAGGAAAAUUUCUGGUUCGAUUCCACAAGAUCAAGACAUGGAUGGUCAAGAUUUUUGCCACUUGAUUAUCUACAUAGGUUUAAGAAGUCCCUUCAAUUUGAGGAUGUUCUGUUUGUGGACGCAGAGGUCAAGGUGCUUGCAGUUACUAAUGUACACUGAAACAAACCGAGAUUUCUUUAAUAUCAUAUUGAUAUGUAUGAGCUGUUGAUAAUAAGAGAUUAUAUGCUAAAAACACAGCAAAUUAUCAAUCAAUAAUUAUCAUUUAUGAGUUUUA